GCAGGAGACGCGUCUGGCUCUGCUGUCUGUGCCCACUGCUGGUGAUCGGAGUCACCUUGUUCUAGGGCUGGGGACCAGCUCCUGUCGCUGUCUUAUCCCAGAGAGUUCCCAAAUUCAAACCCAGAUACUUCUGCGAGACAGAAGCACGGGUUCAAACAUGGAUUCUACCAGAAAAGGAAAGGCCACAGAAGGAAAAGGCCGGACUGGCUAUCCUCUUGCCAAGAGGUUUCCCAUGGCAAAUCCCUCUAUGCUCCUUCCCUCCAAGCCCUUGCCUCCCAUUCAGAAGAGCUUUCCUGCUACCAAGCCAAACAAGAUCUGCAGCGGAGAGCAGGAGAAUGGAAAAAAGGGCUGUGAUGACAACGUCAGAAAUAACAGGGAGCUCAAUUCAGAGGGAACAGGACAUAAGGCAUCCUUGCUGUAUUCCCAUGGUGAGGAUGUGAAGAAGGGGUCAUUGGGACUGCCUUUGAUUCCCCCUAUCCAUAAGGCAGUCCAUCCCCGUGUUGGCAGUGCUGCAGGCUCUCUGCACAGCUCUCUGCAGCUGGAUGUCCAAGAGUCCCAGGAGAUGAGGCCAAGAUCCAGCAGCAGAAGCAGAGAGAGCUCUGAACAUGCAGACCUGUCUCCCAACGGUACAGCCAAGAAUCUUUCCAGGUCUCCUCCCUCUAUGCUCCUUCCCUCCAAGCCAUUGCCUCCCAUCCGGAAGAGCUCUCCUUCCAGGCUGCCAAGCCCGAUGUGCAGUGGAGAGGAAGAGAGAGGGAGAAAUGGCAUUGGCUAUAAAGAUAGCAGUAGGAGCAACCAGGAGCAGAGUUCUGAGGGAAAAGGGCGUGAGGCAUCCUUGCUGUAUUCCCAUGGUGAGGAUGUGAAGAAGGGGUCAUUGGGACUGCCUGUGAUCCCCCCUAUCCACAAGGCAGUCCGUCCCCGUGUUGGCAGUGCUGCAGGCUCUCUGCACAGCUCUCUGCAGCUGGAUGUCCAAGAGUCCCAGGAGAUGAGGCCAAGAUCCAGCAGCAGAAGCAGAGAGAGCUCUGAACAUGCAGAACAAAGCCAGAGGACGAAGGGAAAGAGCCCCUGGUGUGUGAUAGGACCUGGGAUGCCUCUGUUCCCACGGAAACUGGCUGAAUUGUUCAGCAUGGAGACCUAUGUGCGGAACCCCGGCGCUGGGAAUGGAGGUCUGGGCUCCCGGCCGGCUCAGGGGGCCUCGGCCCAGGAGCCCCGGCAGGGGCAGCUGAGCAGCGCUGCCCCCAGGGUCACUGCCAGGGAGGAGGACAAGGGGAAGGACCAGCAGGACUCAGCCUCACACAGAGUACCAGGCCUCCCACUGAGCCAGGCCCAGGAGACGGAUGGUCCCAGCAGUCCUGGUCUUACGAGUGACAAAGACCUGAGGGACGGCUUUGGAAAGAUCCGUGCUGCAUUGUGCAAGUUGGCCGAAAAGAACUUAGAGCCAAAAGAUGUGGAGAUUUUUGAGAAAGAGAUGAAGAAAAGGAGAGAAGAGAAAACAUCCUUGCAGCUGCCUCCACAGACAGUUGAGCCCGGGGAUGCAGCUGAAGCAAGCUUUAGCCUACCACCUGUCAAUGGCACAGCUUCCAGUGUGCAGAGAAAACACCCUGGUAAUGCCUUGAAAAAGAAGAAGGUCUUGAGGAAGCAGGAGAAAGUGCCCUUACAGCCCAGUGUGCUUAUGAUCCAUGAGGAAGGCACUGUCCCAUGCAACUCCUCAGUGACCUCGCAGAUGGCCCCUGGUGCCCAGCACCGAGAGGAGCUGCAAUGUGGGCACGGGCACAAGGACACAGCCUCUCCUGACCCACAGCAGUCCUUGCUCCAGGCACUCUCCCUGCUCCACAGCGGUGACUGGGAGAUGAAGGAGAAGGGACUUGUCAGCCUCAAACACCUGGCUGGGUCCCAUUCAGAAGUCCUGCUUUCAAGACUUCGUGACAUUUGCUUGGCAGUUACCAGUGAGGUGACCAACCUCCGGUCAAAGGUGUCCUGCGCGGCUGUUGACACUCUGGGAGAGUUUUUUGCCACCUUGAAGCAGGACAUGGACUCUGAGGUGGAUGAGGUGGUUCGGGUCCUUCUCCGCAUGCUGCGUAAUUGCCCAGAGUUUGUUGAGAAAGCAGCCAGUCAGACCCUGGGCAUCAUGGUGGAGAAUGUGACUCCUGCACGAGCAAUAGCUGCUCUCCUGGACAGUGGAGUCAAGGCCCGCCACGUCCAGGUGCGGAAGUGUGCGGCCGAGCUGCUGCUGUCCUUGCUGGAGAGAAUUGGAGUCACGGAGCUCGCAGGCACAGCCGGGGCUGGGAGCCUGGUGCACGCGGCAGGGACGCUGGCUCAGGACCGUCACCAGGACACAAGGCAUUAUGGACAGGACAUGGUGAAGAUGUUGCUCAAUCACCCAGAAGGUAAAAUGCUUUUGGAGCGAUCUGUUCCCGCCCGUCACCUGGAAGAUAUUCUGAAAAGAAUGAAGAAGAGAGGGGUGGAGAGGAGCGAUGGUUCGAAGCAGCCCCAGGCCACAUUGCCUUCUAGUCAAAGGGUGAAGUCGACCUCUGAUGGACGCCUCCUCCAGCAUCCAAAAGCCCAGGUGACGUUACCUCCAGCCAGGGAUGAAACGGAGACGCUCCAGAAGCUUUACGAUCUCCUGGAAGCCAAGGGGUUUGAGACACGGAUGGAAGGAGUGGCACUCCUCCUAGACGUGUGCAAAACCAGCCCCAAGCUCGUCGCCACUAACAUUGUCCAAAUUUUUCAUCAUUUUGACCUGAGAAUAUCUGACACUCACAAGAGAGUGAAGCAGAUGGCGCUGGACGUGCUGGCAGAAAUCAUAGCCAUCCUGGAAGAUGCCUUGUACCCAGUGAUGGUCCUUUUGGUGGAAGGAAUUCUAAAGAACCUGAACUCAAACGACCCUGGGGUUCAUGCUGCAGCUGUGAACGCCCUGGAAGAAUCCAUUGCUCAUUUAGAUAAGUAUCACUGAUGAAAGAGUUCAGCCACCAAUGGAGUCAACUGAGUGGGCAAGCUCUGCUGGAUGUCACAGAGCGUAUCACAGAGCUGGUGGAAGAGGUUCAUGCCAGGAGCCCUGAAGUCGUCCAGCGCUGCGCCCUGCCCGUGCUCUGGUCCUUGCUGGAGAACAAGGCGCUGCCUGUGCGAAGCGCCAAUGUCCGCACGGUGCUCACCAGGCUCGCCUCUGCCCUCUACGAGGUGAUGGGCACCAAGCUGAAGAAGUGUGCUGCCAGCCAGCCCCCACAUGUGCAGGAAAAAACUCUCCAGCAUUUUGGGCUGGUGAAGGCUUGGUGUUCUCCAGCAAGCUGACCAAGGGCUCAGAUGGAAACCGCCGGAUGUGACAUUUUAUCUGUGCCAAAAAUGACAAAAUACUGAGGAAGGGUGUGCAUCUGCCCCUGCUCUCUUCACUGCCCUUCCUAGUCACGGCAUGCUCAGGGGGCCUGAAGCAACUCCAGACAGAGGACAAGGGGAAGGGCUAGCAGGGCUCAGUCUCACACAGAGACCUGACUGGCUCCACUCUUGCCAAGAAGUUUUUCCUGGACGUCUUCCAUGUUCUCUCAAACAGGACACCAGGGAACAGUGGCAUCAUUGUCAUCAUCAUUGUCAGUAUCAAUGUUGUCAUCAUUGUCAUUAUCAUCAGAGACAUCAUCAUCGACAUCCAUCAACUUCAUCAACAUCCAUUGUAGGGAAUUCAGUUUUCCCCAAACCGGGCCCCUGGAACUAUAUCCCUUAGAACAAAGACAUUCCUAAGGACACGGGCCCUCUUCCCUACCUCAGCUCCCGUUAUCUUUUAGGAUUUCUAUUGGUUCUUAAAGUGUCACAAUAAUUGGUUCUUUUUGUACUUAGAAUUUAGAGAUAAUUGGUUACUUUGAAAUGUGUGAAUUUUAUUGGAUGAAAAGUCAAUCCUCCAGAAACCUAUAAAUACCCUUGUAUUGUUUAAUGUAAUUAGACAGUUGCUUGCAAGUCCCUUCGAAGAUAAUAAACUGUCUCUGGAACUUUUGCAACACUGUCUCAAGCUUUCGUCCAUCGC